AUGGAUCAAGAAGCAUUCACCUCACUCUCCCAUCGGAUACUAUCCUUCCCACAUCGUCUCAGCCAUCAAGCAUGUUGCCCAACAAUGGACCUCGCCGUCCUCACUUCACCCUCAACCGGAACCGAUAGCGCGGCUUCAAACCAAUCGACAUCCCAUGAUGACACCAUCAGCUGCUUUCGUCUCAGUGGCUCGACCCCUCAGGUAUGGUCGGCCUCCAUCGGCAGAUUCUUUACCGAUAAUUGUGCUUGCGUCGAUCUUCUGGGGUAUCACGUCGAACUCGAUCCGGAUUCGCGUUUUGAUGAAAUUACAGCUCUACACUGGAGUCCAGAUGGUCAAUCCUUGGUGGCUGGCGUGAGUUCGACAUCUCCCGCUCGUCCAGCAACCUUCAUCUUGUUAAGCGUACAUUCCGGUCAACUGUUGGCAUUCCCAACCGUGGUCACCUCAUCAGACCUCAAUCUUCAAUCAGCCACUCCCCUCCACUCAGGCCAGCCUUCCCACCACACCAAACUUGGCUUCUUUGCUUGGCUCUCCAUACGGCCGUCGAAAAAGGCGAUUCAAGAACCAGCCCAAUCUACCACUGACGCGCGCUCGAUCGGACAAUCGCUCUGUGAUAGAUUACCAGCCAACUUGACUGUCACUCAGCUUACAAAAAUCGAAACUAUGAGAAGCCAUAUGGGACCUGUAUACACUUCCAACCCAUCAACCGGAACUUCCAAAGUGUAUGAUCAUUAUCCUAUGAUUCGAUUUCCUCCUUGCUUGGCCGUAAAUCAGCAGCAGCCAAAGGAACGUCCGAACACAUCUUCCCUGCUGAUCGUGUCCUCCCAUAUCAACACCCUUCACUUUUUCUUGGACGGCACAAUCUAUCUGGGCACCACCACCUUGCCUUCUCAAGUCCAGCUGGUCGGAGUUCAGCUCUUAGAACAAGACUCUUCUUCAUCUAUCCCUUUAGAUGAUGCUCACCUUGGUGGAAUUCGACUGCAAUUAGUCUGGUUGGAUAAAAAACACUCAAUCGGAUUCGGAACCCUCGACUUACUGCCUUCUCUACUACCCUCGCAUCCCUCUUCCAACAAGUCAUCAUUACAUCUUAAUGUGUUCAAACUCAACCAGAGGCUAUCCCUCAUCGGGAUCAACUCCAAAGAACUCAACCAGCAAGCACAGCUGUCAAAUGAAAUUCAAAGUUUACUGAAAGACAGCUUUUUUGCAUACUUUGGGAUCGUCAAAGACUGGCACAUUGCUCGCGUCACAGCAAAAAAGUGGUAUGAGAACUUGGAACAGCUUUCAAAAACGCACAAAGUCGCAGAGCCUAUCAGCUUUCAAAUGUUGCAGCUCUUGUUUCUUGGACAAGCAACUGAAGGUUUGAGGGAUUUCCUUGGCACCAAAAGUGGCGACAGAAUCUUCUCAAAAUGGGAAAGUGCUGUUUCAGCAAGUCUUACUCGAAUACGACUGGCGAUUAUGGAGCUAUUCGUACCAGCUGUGGAAAGGCUGUAUAUAUUAACGACAGAACUCAGGUUGCACACAUACCCAAAAUUUUCAUCUAUCAAGAUGAUUGAAGACGACGAUUUCGAAACCCUAUUGGUAGUCGACAAUUUAAUCAAACAUUUGAUUAAAGCGGUUCAUAUGUUAGAUCAGUUGGUUAAAGAAGAAGAAGACUUGUUUGGACACUUCUGUAAAUGGCUUCGAUCAGAAUUCGAUUACAUUGUAGCGUUGGAAAACGCGCCGACUCCUCCGAGCCGGCCUCUGAUCAAAUACGACUUGAUGGCUGUCAGCAAAUUCAUCCAACGCGGCGAAGCCAAUCCUUUGGAUAAUGUCAUAUUUUCUCAGUUUCGGUCCAAGACAGACGAUUUUAAAUAUUUACACGCAGUCAAAGAACAAUUAUCCAAAGCAGUUUAUGAUGAUCAUUUCGAUGAUAACGCCCAUCCCGCCGAUAGGAAAACCGAUCAGAAUAGUGAACCUUUUGUCGACGACUCGCCAAUCCUUGGUACCUACGUCACACCCGAUUCGAGCCAUCUUCAACCUCAUUCAAAUGCCGAAUUCUUAACCCCCAGCCUUGGCGACCAUUUGAAAAGACAAAAAGAUGUGGCAAUCACGCCUUCAAACCCUUCGAUGUUCAAACCUUUCUCAUCAUCUACUUCGGGGUCCAAUCCUCAGUUCAACACCAGCUCACAUCAAUCAUCCGAAUCCGGAGUCAAUGAUUCACCAAACCCGUCAUCGCAACCACCCUGGGGACUUUACAAUAGCUUAACCUAUAGCUCCAUGCUCAUCGCUGAAGUGUUUGUGAAAAUGUUCAGCAAAAUCGCCAUGGCCAAACCCGUACAGGAAAAUACCUUACUAAAUACCCACUCACUCCUGAAACCCGCUGACCGCCAUAUCUGUUCGAGGUUUGUAGAGGAUUUUCAUUAUUCCGCAUUCUUAUCGGAGCAACCCGAAGGUGUGACAGUUCUUGUGAUCGAUCGAAUUGAACUGCCUUCUGAAACACCGAUGGGCGCAAAAUUGGCGCAAACUCAAGUGACAAUUGAACUCGCCUUGCCUGGUGGCCAUGUUGAAGAUAACCAUCCGGAAAGAACCAUCAAAGUCUUGGAUUUAGAUUUUUUUGAUGAUCUUGAAGUCGUCCUUUUGGCUCAGUUUGAUUCGGGCUUCAGUGCUAAAUACAUGAUGAUCACAAUGAGGUUUAGAGAACUGUUUGACGAGAAUCAACGACAUUUCACUGAGCUGCCGGUAUACAGAAAUCACCGACUCGAAUCAGACUACCAACCCGAUCAGAUGAGUCUCAAUGGUGCUAGAGGCAGGCGGACCGGCUGUGUACUUUCCGGCCAGGGCAGGAAGCUUCAUGUGUUUGAUAUGGAAGAUAUCUCCGAUUCUUAA